GUUAAACCCCAUGUGGAUUGGCUUGGAUAGUGUUUAAUUAAACGUAUCGAAAGAAGAUACUGGCAGUGCACAUGUAAAGAUCCAGAUUUAUAUGUUAUCUAAAAUGUUUAUUUAUUUAUUUAUUUAUUUAUUUUAGUGCUACUCUAGCUGUAAGCUGCACAGUCGGUGAUACCGCUAUGGCUUGUGGCAUGGUAGCCUACACACAAAAAUAAUUAAUUAUAUUUUAAAACUCUAACCCAUUUUUUUUAAAUAUCACGAUGUAAUAUGUUUUUUUUUUUUUGCUCAUCCUUUUCUACGAAUCAUCUGAAAUGCAGUUUGGUCACAGUCCACGACCUCGGUGAUUCUAGGAAAUUCGAUUCUUGGUCCUCCUCCGGUGAUCCACAAGAUGUUUCUGCAGUAAGCACUGCCUGGCCAGGAGCCGGCCCUUGGACAUUGUCACGAAUGCAUUUCCUGCAUACGACAGGACACACAACUAUCAUCCUGGCUCACUACAGUCAAUUACGAGCGUUUCAAUAACUAUGAUUUGAAAUAAUAAUAAUAAUAAUAAUAAUAAUAUACGUACAUACAUAUAUGCAUACAUUUCAUAUAAUGUGUUACAUCUAAUGUGUUUCAUGUGCACAAAGUUUAAUUAUGAUGCAUCUGUUGCUUAUUCCUUGAUUUCUAUUUACUUAUUUUUUUGUUCGUUUGCAAUGGAUAAAAAAAAUGGGAACCAUUGAUUGAAAUCAUUCAGUAUCAGUUCAUUAAAAAAAAAAAAAAAAUAGAAGGCCUUAGAUACUACUGAUCUGAAUAACAUACUUUGAUGGAGUCCCAAUUAUACAAUAAAAAGCUAGUGUCUUAGUAGUGUUCUGCUUUCACCACGAGCCCCCCAUUGCUACAUGAACCCUUUAAUCCUAUAAAUAGUUUGCAAAUAUAGCAAGCUAUUUAUAGUGCAACGUCUCGACAACUGUGGUCACUGGUCCCCCUUUCCCCUUACAGCACAAAACAUGGUCUCUCUGUUCUUAAUUUUCUGUCGGAAAUGUUAAGAAAACUGUCCAGUAAAUGACCAACUCUUGUUAAUAUUUUGAAGACGAGUCUAUAUAUUGAAUAUAGAUAGAUACCAAAUACGCAGGAUAAUCAACUGUCCGAGAACAGCCGAGAAUUCAGCAAUAGAAUGGGGGACUUUCAGCAGUUUGAGCCAGAUUUUUACCAGUCGGGAUAUUACAUCAAUGACCAGGAGCAGCCGGCCUACGUUUAUGAGGACGCUGCCCACCAAGACGUUGAUUAUGAUGUGCCCCCGCCCGGUGUCUUCGCCCCCUCCAUGGGUCUGGGCUCUCCCGAUCCACUCUACACAGGCCAAAUGUUCCAACCUGCAAAGGAUACUGGGACAGCUGCCUAUACAGGGGCAGACACUUUUGAGGAUGAGCCUCCAUUGCUGGAAGAAUUGGGCAUUAACUUCGAUCAUAUCUGGCAGAAGACUCUGACAGUGUUAAACCCCUUGAAACAAGCAGAUGGCAGCAUCAUGCACGAAACAGAUUUGACCGGACCAAUUCUGUUUUGCGUUGCUCUAGGUGCAACACUACUGAUGGCUGGGAAGAUCCAUUUCGGCUAUGUGUACGGUAUCAGUGCCAUGGGCUGCCUGGGCAUGUACACGCUGCUGAACUUGAUGAGCCUGGUGGCCGUGUCUUACGGCUGUGUGGCCAGCGUCCUCGGGUAUUGCCUCCUCCCCAUGGUGGGCCUCUCCACCUUCGCCAUCUUCUUCUCCCUUCAGGGGAUUCUGGGAACUCUCUUUGCCCUCCUGGUUAUUGGCUGGUGCAGCCUGUCGGCAUCCAAGAUCUUCAUCUCCACACUGGCAAUGGAAGGACAGCAGCUCCUGGUGGCGUACCCCUGCGCGCUGCUGUACGGAGUCUUCGCCCUGCUCACCGUCUUCUGAGACUCCCUCCAUUGCCUUCAACUCUGUGGCCUGCAGUUUGCAUCAUAACAUUACAUUACAGGCAUUUAGCAGACGCUCUCAUCCAGAGCCGAUUUACACAACUUGUUACAUAGCAUUUAUAUUGCAUCAAUUUAUACAGCUGGUGUAUACUGAAGCAAUGCAGGUUAAGCACCUUGCUCAAGGGUGCAACAGCAGUGCUCUACCCGGGAAUCGACCCUGUGACCUUUACGGUGCAAGACCGGCUCCUUCCCCAUUAUACUACACUGCCGCCCCAGUGACGCUCAUGCUGCCAACGCUCUGAUCCGGAGUGGCGUACGGAACUGGAAAACAUCAGUGUUCGUCACGGCAACACAAAGUGCGAUAUCGCCAAGAUGGUGUGAGAAGGCCCAUUUAAAAUUAACGAUGUUAACUUCACAAACAGAAAUUUGUGUUGUAACAAAAGUGCCACUAGACAGAUGACCUGUCUUUACACAGUUGCCAAAAUGAAAUCAUUGUCAUCAUUUAAACUAUCAUUCACGUGUUUAGGGAUAUGUUGCAUACUUUAUUUAUUAAAAAAAUAUGUCUAAAUGUA